AGACAUAUACACACAGUAUGUAUCUAUCUCAAUUCUCAUCAAAGUUUCCAUAGCGCCUACUCAAAGCAGUAGCAUAUAUAUUAUUAUAACACGAACAAGUAAAUUUCCAUCUUCACGUCUUCUUCCUUCAAAUCAUUUCUCUGCAAAUUCCACACAACCCCUUGUUUUUUUCUGCCUCGAUUCUUUUCAAUCCCAACCCUUUCAGUUCACAUAUUAAUCACUUCAUCUUUUACUCCUUUUCUUGAUUUUUUGCCCUUUUUUUGGUUUGGUGUUUCUUAACUACUGAAAAUUCGUUGAUUUAUACUGGGUUUUCGUUGUUAUUGCCCCCAACUUCAAUUGGGUUUCUGCACCAUGCAGUAACCAUUUCAGAACUUUGGGGGAUGGACUGGUGCUACUUGUCUCCUGUUGGUGCAUUUGAAUGAUGUUCAGUGGACAAAAGCGUGCUAAUGCACUUGAUUUUUUUACACGGAAAAGUCAUGGUGAAUCAUCAUUAAGAACAGGAUUGCUCGAUGACAGUCCUGAAAUUGAAUUGUCCGAUUACCAUAGAGCACCAAGUGCUGGGAGUGAAAGCCCUUCAGGGCUUCUUAAUGGUGAUAGUUUGAAUGUGGAACCUAUUUCAGACUUAGAUUUGUUCUUUGAGAGACUAUACAGCUAUUAUUGUGAAAAAGGUCUCUUGUGCAUUGUAAUAAAGUGGAUAGUUGAACUUUUGAGCUUGGGCUUUACAAUUUGUUUCUCGGGCUUUUUCUUGUUAUAUGUUGAUUGGAAUGGUCUCCGUAAUGCCAAGUGUGGAAUGGAUGCAGUUGAAUCUGGAAUCAAACCAUGUGACUUGGCUAAGGAAGCUCUUCACGAGCAUCCCUUGACCCCUUUCACACUUUCCAAAGCUGUUAUUGUUGGGUAUUUGGGGAUCUUUUCCAUAUACUGGAUUUUUUGUUUCUUAAGGUUUUUUACACAGCUGAAGGAAACUCUUAAAAUUCGUCAGUUUUACUACAACAGUCUCAAUGUUACAGACAAUGAAAUGCAAACCAUGCCAUGGGCGUCAGUUAUUGAGAAGGUUGUUCAGUUUCAGAACUCCUACCAACUAUGUAUAGUCAAGGACCUAUCUGCCCAUGAUAUUGUGAUGCGGUUGAUGCGGAAAGAUAACUACUUGAUUGGGAUGCUCAACAAAGGGGUACUAUCUUUUCCAUUAUCUAAAUGGGUGCCAGGAGCUGGUCCAGUUGUGAAAUCUGGCCCAGUUGGCGUGCGACGACGUCUCAUUUUGACAAAAACAUUGGAAUGGACCUUAAACUGGUGCAUAUUACACAGCAUGUUUGAUAGAAACUUCCGUGUUCGUAGGGAUUUCGUUUCUGAUCCUAAAACAUUGAGGAAAAGCCUGGUUAUAGUUGGCAUUGCAAUGCUUGCACUUUCCCCUUUUAUUGUCAUAUUCAUGCUUGUAUAUCUCUUCUUGAAGCAUGCGGAGCAAUUCUAUAAUCAUCCAAGUACAGCAUCAUCUCGAAGAUGGUCAAAUCUUUCAAGGUGGAUCUUUAGGGAAUUCAAUGAGGUGGACCAUUUGUUCAAACACCGAAUAAAUGGCAGUGUCGUACAUGCUUCUGAAUAUUUAAAGCAGUUCCCUUCUCCUGUAUUGUCAAUCAUUGCUAAGUUCAUUUCAUUUGUUUCUGGUGGAUUUGCUGCCAUUUUGAUCAUCAUUGCUUUUCUUGAGGAGUCUCUUCUGGAAGGACAUAUUUUUGGUCGCAAUUUGUUUUGGUAUGCUGCUGUGUUUGGAACCAUAACAGCAAUUAGUCGGGCUGCCAUAACAGAUGAUCAUCUAGUCCUUGACCCCCAAGGGGCUAUGUCUCUAGUAUUCCAACAUACUCAUUAUAUGCCCAAGAGUUGGCGUGGCAGAGAAAAUUCCGAUAUUGUCAGGAUUGAGUUUGAGACUCUAUUCCAGUAUACUGGAAUGAUGUUACUGGAGGAGAUGGCCUCAAUCUUUCUGACUCCGUAUUUACUAAUAUUUGUCGUCCCAGAGCGAGUGGAUGACAUUUUGCAGUUCAUUGCUGAUUAUACGGUGGAUAUUGAAGGUGUUGGUCAUGUAUGCAGCUUUAGUGCUUUUGACUUUCAAAACCACGGAAAUAUCAAGUACGGUGCACCCCAGAAUUCAACUCGUGGUCAAAGGAGUUCUCAGGGAAAGAUGGAGAAAUCAUUUUUGAGCUUUCAAAGUAGUUAUCCUUCAUGGGAGCCUAAUAGUCAGGGAAAGCAACUCAUUUCAAAGCUAAAAGCAUUCAGGGAGCAGAAGCUACAUGUCCAGGAACGAAUAUCUCCGUACUUGCCCCCUAGAAUGCAGCAAUGGAGUCCAGAGUCGCGCGGUAAUGUUGAUAUCAACAAUGUCUUCACAAGAGAAGCGUUUCAUAAUAUUCCAGAAAGGGGUUAUCAAGUAGGAUCUUUGUGGCUGUUUGAUUCUGACCAGAAGAAUUAUUUGAAUAUUCUUGAGUGGUACUAUACAUCUGAACCUCAUCCUGCAAAUGAGGCUGAAAGAGACGCUCCUUCAAGAAACUUCUGGAUGUCGUCUAGCCCGAUACACAAUGAAGCAACACAUGAUGAAGAUUGGGGGAAAAUUUUUGACAGUGAAAGAUCGCAGAGUUAUCUGGAAGCCUCUCCUGCGGCUUCUUUCUUCCGUGGAAGCGUGCUAGAUCAUGAUGACUCUGCCAAUGCCGCACAUCUUCGUACUAGGAGCCAUUGGUGGGAUAGAAGUGAGGCACAAGGCAACAAUCCACAAUCAAGCUUCCUGGAGCCCCCAACUUACAACCGUAACACUGAUAAUUAUUACGAUAAUAUAUCCAAUAGAAGCAUAAUAGAGGAAGAACAAGACCACUCUGAAUUGAUAAGGAGCCAUAACAGGUUGUCUCGAACAUUUUAUUUGGAUGACCUGGAGGGAGGACAAUUUAAUCUCCCAUUUGAUGAUAUUUACAGCAGACAUUCUACUAGUCCAGAACCAGAUCCCUUAAAUCUUGUGUAGUUAAUCGCUUCCAGAUGAUAUAUAAUCAUAUUGUGCAUCUAGCAUCAAUAUUGCUGCGAAGUUUGUAUAUGGUUUCUUUAUAAUGUAACCUUCAUAGCUAUUCUUCGCAUAAAGAAGGAAGCAACAUUCGUUCUUGUAUAUAAUUCACGGCUUGAGUGAGAUUCCAUACCUGCGACUUGGGACAAGUGAACAAAGCAUGGAAUACUCACUCCAACUCCUGUAAUAUAAACUAGUCAAAUAUUUCAUCAGUUUGGAAGCUCUGUUUUCCAGAUUCUAGG